CUGAGAUUGAGCUGAGAGCUCCCUCACUUCUGCUAUACCUUGAAACAUGGCGUAUCUGGCUUUAGGACUCACGUUUCCCCUGGAUAUUCUCAAGAUAGGCUCUAGUUGAGGUGCUUGUGCGCAUGGGUGAUAAGAUAAGGGCCCUGAUUUCCUCACGUUUCGUAACGUGUCCGAACAAGUCGUGUACAUGGGCUGUGGCACUUUCUCAUUUAGUUAGCCCCGCGUUAUCGUGAGCAUGUGCGCCUUUCUUCGCUCUUCCGUAGUUUCUCGCUUUCAAUUCCCUCUAUUACCUAGUGGCACAUCAGUAUUUCAUGGGUAACUGUGUCUCCCGUUCUAAACAGCCUUUCCCAGUCUUCUCUAGCAGUUCGUCUGCUGAGAAGAAUACGGGGAAUUACGUUUCAGAUGGUCUACCUGUAGCGGAGCCAACAACUUCUUUUUGGACGAUUCCUGCAACCCCAAUAGGAAAACCUCAGUCACAGAAGAAUUUGCCAUCCCAUGCAGACGUGGUUAUCAUUGGAUCUGGUAUAUCUGGCGCCUCUUUUGCGCGAACUCUGCUUGAGUGCGGAGACUGUCUUCAUGUCGUCAUGCUUGAAGCCCAAGAUGUGUGCUCAGGGGCCACCGGCAGAAAUGGUGGCCACAUCUUUCCCGCUACAUACCAUGACUACGAAGACCUGAAGACAAGAGUGGGCGAGAAUAUGGCAAAGAAGAUGGUGCGUUUCCGGAAAGCGCACUUGGACGAGAUUUUGGCCAUUACCGCAGAGGAGAGUAUCACAGAGUAUACACAAUGUCGUGCCGUCGAGGGUGUCGAUGUGUACUUCGAUAAGCCUACGUUUAAAGAGGCGCAGCGGAAGCUGCAAGUGUAUCAGCGUGAUAUGGGCGAAUAUGCAGGUUCGUAUACCUGCUAUGAGGGUUUAGACGCUCAAGAGAGAUUUCACCUUUCGCCACUUGCGGUGGGAUGUAUUGCCACACGAGCUGGUGCUAUACAUCCAUAUCGCCUUGUGACAUCGAUUUUAAGCCGCCUUCUUACAGACUACCCCAAAGAAUUUGAGAUUCACACCCACACACCUUGUACAUCGAUUGAUGAGCCCACAUCAAGUUGCCCAUUCUAUAGACUCACUACAGCGCGCGGGGUGAUUACGACCCCACACAUCGUGCAUCUCACGAAUGCGUACGCACCUGCGCUCCUACCCGCUCUCAAGGGUGUUAUCCUUCCCAUUCGAGAAACCAUGACCGCACAGCGGCCUGGUCGUAACCUCCAUGCAAGCACGCUGCAUGGCGGGCGGAGCUUCGUGUUCUUUGACAGCCCACGUAAGGGCUUCGACUACUUGACGCAACUCCCAGAAGGCGAGCACGAACUCAUGUUCGGUGCAGGUUUCGAGUCAAGCAUGGAUAGCGCAGCUAAUGCAAUGUAUGGCGUGCAUAGCGCAGCGCAUGUAGGUGGUGCAAUGCCAAUCUAUUUCGGAGCGGAGAGCUGGGGUGCUGAGGCCUUACCAACCACUCCCACAGAUGAACAGGAUGUGGGUGUAGGUUUGUGGGCAGAGGGAAGAGUAAAGGCAAUCUGGAGCGGUCUCUUGAGCCAGUCGGCCGAUGGGAUGCCGUGGGUUGGAAAUGUGCCCGUUAAUGUGGCUGGCAGGAAGGCACCUACUGCUUCGUCUGCACCCUCUGCUCUAAAUUCAAGCACGAGGAAGCUGAAGUCAGUUCUCACUGCUGCUCCUGGUGAGUGGAUUGCGGCUGGCUACUCCGGUGAGGGCAUGGUGCAUGCGUGGCUAAGUUCCAAGGCCGUUGCGCUGAUGCUUCUAGGGGAGGAUCUCACUGAGGUCAAGACUUGGCUCCCUGAGUUGUUCAGUGUCACGGAAGACAGAGUCAAGAUGGCCAAGCGGACUUUCAAGCCUGAUGUUGUACUAAGUGGCAAGAAGCGUGUUUUCAGUCCUUAAUACCUACAUAUGUUAAGAGUCUCCUCUAUAGUGGGUACUAUAAUCAUGUGCAUGUUGCGUAGUUUUCUUGGCUGUAUCUUAAGUAUCACAGUACUGUGUAGUUUACUUGAAUGCAAACUCAUUUUUAUUGUA